UUGACGUCAUCAGGGCGCGUCUUCGCCUUUCCCCUCCCAUCUUCCCAGAACGGUGGACGUGCUCACCUCCGCUCCGGGCCAGGUCUAUGUCCCGGUUUCCCGCCGUCGCGGGCAGGGCGCCAAGGCGGCAGGAGGAAGGUGAGCAAUCAAGAGACCUCCAAGAAGAGCGGCCUUCGGCAGUUCCCAUCGCGGAUAGAGAAGAUAAAGGAUGCACAUCACAGGAGGGAGGAACUACUCCAACUUUUCCUAUUCAAAAACAAAGAAAAAAGCUUAUUCAAGCUGUGAGGGACAAUUCAUUCCUUAUUGUUACUGGAAAUACAGGAAGUGGUAAAACAACUCAACUCCCAAAAUACCUAUAUGAAGCAGGGUUUUCACAACAUGGUAUGAUUGGUGUGACUCAACCACGAAAAGUAGCUGCCAUAUCUGUUGCUCAGAGGGUUGCUGAAGAAAUGAAAUGCACUUUGGGAUCCAAAGUAGGAUACCAAGUUCGUUUUGAUGAUUGCAGCUCUAAGGAAACAGCAAUCAAAUACAUGACUGAUGGAUGUUUACUGAAAUAUAUUCUGGGAGAUCCAAAUCUUACCAAGUUCAGCGUCAUUAUAUUGGAUGAAGCCCAUGAGAGAACUCUAACUACAGACAUCUUAUUUGGUUUAUUGAAGAAGCUGUUUCAGGAGAAGUCUCCUAAUAGAAAGGAACAUUUAAAGGUCGUAGUGAUGUCAGCAACUAUGGAAUUAGCCAAGCUCUCUGCAUUCUUUGGAAAUUGUCCAAUAUUUGAUAUACCUGGAAGGCUUUAUCCGGUCAGAGAAAAAUUCUGCAAUUUGAUUGGUCCACGAGAUAGAGAAAAUACUGCAUAUAUUCAAGCGAUUGUGAAAGUGACCAUGGAUAUCCAUUUGAAUGAAAUGGCUGGAGACAUCUUGGUUUUUCUGACUGGUCAGUUUGAAAUCGAAAAAAGUUGUGAGUUACUUUUUCAGAUGGCAGAGUCUGUUGAUUAUGAUUAUGAUGUCCAAGAUACCACUCUAGAUGGCUUGCUAAUAUUGCCGUGUUAUGGAUCUAUGACAACAGAUCAACAGAGAAGAAUAUUUUUGCCACCUCCACCUGGAAUUAGAAAAUGCGUCAUAUCCACCAAUAUUUCUGCAACAUCUUUGACAAUAGAUGGAAUCAGAUAUGUGGUAGACGGUGGCUUUGUGAAGCAGUUAAAUCACAAUCCCAGAUUAGGAUUGGACAUCCUAGAGGUGGUUCCAAUUUCAAAGAGUGAGGCCUUACAGCGAAGUGGCCGAGCUGGCAGGACUUCCUCAGGAAAAUGCUUUCGCAUCUAUAGUAAAGAUUUUUGGAACCAGUGUAUGCCUGACCAUGUGAUCCCUGAGAUUAAGAGAACUAGUUUGACAUCUGUAGUUCUGACCUUAAAGUGCCUUGCCAUACACGAUGUAAUAAGGUUUCCCUAUUUGGAUCCACCUAAUGAGAGACUUAUUUUGGAAGCUCUUAAACAACUCUACCAGUGUGAUGCCAUUGACAGGAGUGGCCAUGUGACCAGAUUGGGUUUGUCUAUGGUAGAAUUUCCUCUCCCUCCACAUCUGACAUGUGCAGUAAUAAAGGCUGCUUCUCUGGACUGUGAAGACCUAUUACUUCCAAUAGCAGCAAUGUUGUCUGUGGAAAAUGUCUUCAUUAGACCUGUUGAUCCAGAGUACCAGAAGGAAGCAGAACAGAGACAUCGAGAAUUGGCAGCUAAAGCUGGAGGAUUUAAUGACUUUGCGACUUUAGCUGUCAUCUUUGAACAGUGCAAAUCAAGUGGAGCUCCAGCUUCGUGGUGCCAGAAACAUUGGAUUCAUUGGAGGUGCUUAUUUUCUGCAUUUCGUGUUGAAGCUCAACUUAGAGAACUGAUCAGGAAGCUUAAACAGCAAAGUGACUUCCCAAGAGAGACCUUUGAAGGCCCUAAACAUGAAGUACUGCGAAGAUGUCUUUGUGCAGGUUAUUUCAAAAAUGUAGCUCGCAGGUCUGUUGGGAGAACGUUUUGCACAAUGGAUGGGCGGGGAAGCCCAGUUCACAUUCAUCCUUCCUCAGCACUUCAUGAACAGGAAACCAAACUUGAAUGGAUCAUUUUCCAUGAGGUAUUAGUUACCACCAAAGUCUACGCAAGAAUUGUGUGUCCAAUCCGUUAUGAAUGGGUGAGAGACUUGUUACCCAAGUUGCAUGAAUUUAAUGCACACGAUUUGAGCAGUGUGGCCCGACGUGAAAUGAGAGAAGAUGCAAGAAGGAGGUGGACCAAUAAGGAAAAUGUAAAGCAUCUAAAGGAUGGAAUAUCAAAAGAAGUCCUAAAGAAAAUGCAAAGAAGAAAUGAUGAUAAAUCCAUAUCAGACGCACGUGCUCGUUUCCUUGAGAGAAAGCAGCAGAGGUCCCAGGAUCACAGUGACACCCUGAAGGAAACAGGCUAAGCAGUGAACCCUCCAAUUCAGGAAGUAGGAAAAGGAGCCAGAAAAUGUGCUUCUGCUUUGCCAUUUAUGUCAGACAGCACUACCAAGAGGAAGUGGUCAGCAGCUGUUUUUAGCAUACGAGUUAAAAGCAAAUCAAAGCUCAUCAGUACCAAUAAAUGGAAUUUUCAAAGAAAAUAUUGAGUUGCCAUAGUCAUAGGAAAUGAUAUAUGAAACCAAUGAAAGACAAUAUAUGUGAUAUUUUCCUCACUUCAAUUUUGCUGGCCUUAACUGGUAUCAAAUGCUGUCAGUGAGAUAUUUUCAAAGAACAUUGAAUUGUAUUUAAUCAGCGUGUAUUCCAUUUGCAUUGAAGCAUUAAAAAUUAUUUUCCUUAAAUCUCUUUAAGGCCUUCUUGUUGCUAUUAGAAUAGUAUUAUAUCAGGUUAUCAGGUAUGUGACCAUUUCCUUCUGAAGGCUGAACAUAAAAGAGGUUUUUACUGAGCAAUACUUAGAUGUCUAACCGUUUAAUUGCUACAGAGCUUUAUAGAUAUUUAGAGAAAAGACUUAAUUAGUAAAUAAGAAAAUUGCCUAUGGCAAGAUUCUUUGUUGAAUUAAUAUUAAUCCUUAAGUUGAUUUUUCUGGGAUUAUACAAAUUCCUUUUUAUAUAAAAGUAUAUUGUUUAAAACAGUAGCUAUAGCCAUUAACCAAAGGACAGAUGAUAUAUAUAUGUUCUUUUUUUAGCUGUCCCUACAUACCUGUAUCAGCACCAUGUAUGUAGGUGUGACAGUGUUUCAAACAGCCCUUCCACCUGGCCUACUCUCUUGCCUCCAGCUGCUUGGGUAGGACCGUUUAAACGUCUAUUAUGCCGAUCUUGAAAUGGGAUUUUCAAAGCAGCCAACACUACAUCACCAGUGUUUCAAAUUGGAACCUUGAGGCUAGUUAGUAUCACACUCAGGCCACACUCAGCACUUGUCCACUCUGUUGUUUACUGCCUUGUAUUCUAGUUAUUUGUGUAUUUGUCUGUCUCCCCCACUAGAUUAUACGCUCCUUGUGGGCAGGGACUAUGUCUUUUUCAUCUUUGUAUCUUUCAUGGCACCUAGCACAGUGCUUUGCACAUAGUAGUCAAUGUUUGUUAAAUAAAGCUAUUAGUGUCGUUCAAAUUCAAAA